AUGAAGGCUAUGUUCGUUCUCGCCAUUCUUCUCGGCUCCAUCGUCGCCAUCAGCGCUUUCCGUCUUCCAUUCCAGUUCUUCGGAUCAAACGAAGAUUUCAACAGCGGACUCGCAAAGCGCAACUACUAUGAAUCGAAGCCGUACAAGCGCGAGUUCAACGCCGAUGAUCUGACUCUCCGCUUUGGAAAACGUGGUGGAGCUGGUGACACACUAGCGUUUUCACCGGACAUGCUUUCGCUCCGUUUUGGAAAGAAAUAA